GAGAGAGCACGCGCCUGCGUGUGUGUGUAUGCGCGUGUGUGUACGUCUAUAUGUGUGUUUUGGAAGAGCUGUUUUUCAGAUGGUAGCGCCAAGGAACUACCAAGCUGAUCAGAAGUGAGUGAACACAGUGAAGAGGGAAGUAAGGGAAAGAAAGAAAGAAAGAAAGAAAGAAAGAGAGAACACAAAGGAGGAGAAGAAAGUCUAAGACUAAAAGGCAAGAGGGAGUUUGUUCUUUGGAGGGAGGAUGAAUGAAGACUCCCAGUCCUAUAGGAUGGAGAGCUCGGACAGGCUGAAUGGACUCGGAGGGCGCAGGAAGAAACCCAAAAAGUCGGAUAGCAAUACCAGCUUCCUGCGGGCGGCAAGGGCGGGGAACAUCGACAAGGUGCUGGAGUUUCUGAAGGGGGGUGUGGACAUCAGUACCUGCAACCAGAAUGGGCUCAACGCGCUACACUUGGCGGCCAAAGAGGGGCACGUGGAUUUGGUCCAGGAGCUCCUGGAGAGGGGUGCUUCGGUGGACUCGGCCACUAAGAAAGGGAACACAGCUCUCCACAUCGCCUCCCUAGCGGGCCAGGGGGAGGUGGUGAAGAUCCUGGUGAAGCGUGGCGCGGAUAUCAACUCCCAAUCACAGAAUGGAUUCACUCCACUGUACAUGGCCUCCCAGGAGAACCAUCUGGAGGUGGUCCGAUACCUGCUGGAGAACGGAGGAAACCAGAGCACAGCCACAGAGGACGGCUUCACGCCGCUAGCGAUCGCUCUGCAGCAGGGCCACAACCAGGUGGUGUCUCUGCUCCUGGAGCACGACACCAAGGGCAAGGUGCGCCUGCCCGCCCUCCACAUCGCCGCCCGCAAGGACGACACCAAGUCCGCCGCCCUGCUCCUCCAGAACGACCACAACGCAGACGUCCAGUCCAAGAGCGGCUUUACGCCCUUGCACAUUGCUGCUCACUAUGGCAACGUCAACGUGGCGACCCUGCUGCUGAACCGCGGCGCAGCUGUGGACUUCACUGCCCGGAACGGCAUCACCCCCCUGCACGUGGCCUCCAAGCGUGGGAACACCAACAUGGUCCGGCUGCUCCUGGACAGAGGGGCUCAGAUCGACGCCAAAACACGAGAUGGGCUGACCCCGCUGCACUGCGCGGCCAGGAGCGGACACGACACGGCCGUGGAGCUGCUUCUGGAGAGAGGAGCGCCCAUGCUGGCCCGCACCAAGAAUGGCCUCUCCCCGCUGCAUAUGGCGGCGCAGGGCGACCACGUGGAGUGUGUCAAGCACCUGCUGCAGCACAAGGCGCCGGUUGAUGACGUCACGCUGGACUACCUGACGGCGCUGCACGUGGCGGCCCACUGCGGCCACUACAGGGUCACCAAGCUGCUGCUGGACAAGAGGGCCAACCCCAACGCCCGCGCCCUGAACGGCUUCACCCCUCUGCAUAUCGCCUGUAAGAAGAACAGGGUGAAGGUGAUGGAGCUGCUGGUGAAGUAUGGAGCCUCCAUCCAGGCCAUCACUGAGUCUGGCCUCACUCCUAUCCAUGUGGCAGCGUUCAUGGGUCACCUGAACAUCGUGCUGCUGCUGCUGCAGAACGGGGCGUCUCCUGACGUCAGCAACAUUCGUGGGGAGACGGCCUUGCACAUGGCGGCGCGAGCCGGACAGGUGGAGGUGGUCCGCUGCCUGUUGAGGAACGGAGCCAUGGUGGACGCCAGAGCUAGGGAGGACCAGACCCCGCUCCACAUCGCGUCCCGGCUGGGCAAGACGGAGAUCGUGCAGCUGCUGCUGCAGCACAUGGCCCACCCGGACGCCGCCACCACCAACGGCUACACGCCGCUGCACAUCGCCGCCCGCGAGGCCCACGUGGAGGUGGCGUCCGUCCUGCUGGAGGCCGGGGCCUCCCACUCACUGGCCACCAAGAAAGGGUUCACUCCUUUACAUGUGGCAUCAAAGUACGGAAGCCUGGAUGUGGCAAAACUCUUAUUGCAACGGCGUGCACCCCCUGACUCUUCUGGCAAAAAUGGCCUCACCCCCCUCCAUGUUGCAGCGCAUUAUGAUAACCAGAAGGUGGCGCUCCUGCUUUUGGACAAGGGGGCCUCUCCCCAUGCCACAGCCAAGAAUGGCUACACUCCCCUCCACAUCGCCGCCAAGAAGAACCAGAUGGACAUUGCCACCACGCUGCUGCAGUUUGGGGCCGAGACCAACAUCCUGACCAAGCAGGGCGUGACUCCGCUGCACCUGGCCUCCCAGGAGGGGCACAGCGACAUGGCCGCCCUGCUCCUGCAGAAGGGGGCCCACGUCAACGUGCCUACCAAGAGUGGACUUACCUCCCUGCACCUGGCUGCCCAGGAAGACAAAGUAGCUGCGGGGGAGAUUCUGGCUCAAAAUGGUGCCAUCCUCGACCAGCAAACCAAAUUGGGAUACACACCUCUAAUUGUGGCGUGCCACUAUGGGAAUGCCAAGAUGGUCAACUUCUUGCUGAAAAGCGGUGCCAGUGUGAAUGCCAAGACCAAGAACGGAUACACGCCCCUCCAUCAGGCAGCCCAGCAGGGAAACACACACAUCAUCAACGUGCUACUCCAGUUCGGAGCCAAGCCCAGUGCCAUCACUGUGAAUGGGAACACAGCUCUUGCAAUCGCCCGCCGCCUUGGCUAUAUCUCGGUUGUGGACACACUUCGCGUGGUCACCGAAGAGAUCAUCACCUCGACAACGACGGUGACGGAGAAGCACAAGCUGAACGUGCCCGAGACCAUGACUGAAGUUCUGGACGUCUCGGAUGAGGAAGGUGACGACACCAUGACUGGAGACGGAGGAGAGUACCUGCGGGCCGAGGACCUGCGGGAGCUGGGAGACGACUCUCUCCCGGGCCACUACCUGGACGGCAUGAACUACCUGCGCUACAGUAUGGAGGGAGGCCGAUCGGAAGGUUCUGAAAGGUCUUACACACCGAGUCACCAUAGCUACUACUCUCCCAAGCAUGAUGGGAUGUUGGAGGACACAGUCACCAGUCACCAGGUGUCCACUCUGGGCAGGAGCAGUGAGAGGGACGCCUACAGGCUGAGCUGGGGAAAUGAGAACCUGGACAAUGUGGCCCUCUCGUCCAGUCCUGUCCACUCAGGCUUCCUGGUCAGCUUCAUGGUGGACGCGCGGGGUGGAGCCAUGCGGGGUUGCCGUCACAACGGCCUGCGUAUCAUCAUUCCGCCCAAGAAGUGUGGUGCGCCCACGCGGGUCACUUGCCGUCUGGUGAAACGCCACCGUCUGGCCACCAUGCCGCCCAUGGUGGAGGGCGAAGGCCUCGCCAGUCGCCUCAUUGAGGUGGGGCCCUCCGGGGCCCAGUUCCUUGGGCCGGUCAUCGUGGAGAUCCCCCACUUCGCGGCGCUGCGGGGGAAGGAGCGGGAGCUGGUCAUCCUGCGGAGCGAGACGGGCGAGAGCUGGAAGGAGCACCACUGCGAGUUCACAGAGGAGGAGCUCAACCAGAUCCUCAACGGCAUGGACGAGGAGCUUGACCCCCCUGAGGAGCUGGAAAGGAAGCGCAUCUGCCGCAUCAUCACCAGAGAUUUCCCACAGUACUUUGCGGUGGUGUCCCGCAUCAAGCAGGACAGCAAUCUGAUUGGGCCUGAGGGGGGCAUCCUGAGCAGCACCGUGGUGCCACAGGUGCAGGCCGUCUUCCCAGAGGGGGCUCUCACCAAGAGGAUCCGAGUCAGCCUACAGGCCCAGCCAAUGCAUGAGGACACGGUACGCAAGAUCCUGGGCAACAAGGCCACGUUCAGCCCCAUCGUCACGCUAGAACCCAGACGCCGCAAGUUCCACAAGCCCAUCACCAUGACGAUCCCCAUCCCCAAGAGUUCCUCCGACCCGGUGCUGAACGGCUUUGGAGGAGACACGCCCACUUUACGACUCCUAUGCAGUAUCACAGGUGGAACUACACCAGCCCAGUGGGAGGACAUCACAGGAACAACACCUUUAACCUUUAUCAAUGACUGUGUGUCCUUCACAACUAACGUCUCAGCCAGGUUUUGGUUGAUAGACUGCAGGCAAGUCCAGGAGUCGGUGAACUUCUCCUCGCAGGUGUACCGGGAGAUCAUAUGUGUUCCCUACAUGGCCAAAUUUGUCAUUUUCGCCAAAACGCACGACCCCAUCGAGGCGCGCCUGCGCUGUUUCUGCAUGACGGACGACAAGAUUGACAAGACACUGGAGCAGCAAGAGAACUUUGUGGAGGUGGCCCGUAGCCGAGACGUGGAGGUACUGGAGGGGAAGCCUAUCUAUGCAGACUGCUUUGGAAACCUGGUUCCCUUGACCAAAAGUGGCCAGCACCAUCUCCUCAGUUUCUAUGCCUUCAAAGAGAAUCGACUAGCGCUCUUCAUUAAAAUUCGAGACAAUACACAGGAGCCCUGCGGACGACUAUCCUUCAUGAAAGAGCCACGGACAUAUAGAACACUAGCCCAUAAUGCCAUAUGCAAUCUCAAUAUCUCGCUCCCAUCUUACUCAAAGAACACCCGAUCGCAAGGAAAAUUAGAUCCACAGGAGGAGGCAGAGAGGAAAGAAUCUCGGUUGGCAGUCAUUGCCGACCAUCUUGGCUUCAGCUGGACAGAAUUGGCACGUGAGCUGGAAUUUAGUGAGGAGCACAUUCAUCAAAUACGAACUGAGAACCCAAAUUCACUGCAAGACCAAAGCCAUGCGCUAAUUAAAUAUUGGACUGAAAGGGAGAGCAAGAAUGCCACAGAGAAUGUUUUGAUUAUGAAGCUAACCAAGAUAAACCGGAUGGACAUAGUACAUCUGAUCGAAACAAAAAUUAUCAAGUCCAGUAUGGAGUCAUCACACACCUAUGCAGAAAUAGAGCAUACCAUAUCACUUGAUCACAGUGAAGGAUUCUCUGCCCUUCAUGAAGACAUUGACAGUCCAAGGCCAGGGAGACGGACAGAGGCGGCCACACUGAGGCCAGGGUCUGGUCAGCAGCCCCCAGUAGUGUCAACUGAGGACCUCUCUUCCAGUCUGUCCUCCCUGCAUGACACAUCAGCACGGGCAGAUGCGGACGUAUCAGUGACGGAGCUCUUGAGACACACGCAGAAAGAGAAAGUGCAAGCUGACCUGAAGAGCGAACAAGACACUCUGGGAUUUGAAGUGACAACACUGCCUGGAUCUGGACACCUAGGCACUGUUAAACAAACACUGAAUAUACACCACUACCUCUUGAUUUCUUUGACAGUGUUGGCAGAACAGAUUCACCAGAGGUAUAGGUCAUCUUCACCCGGCUCAAUGUCAUCCUAUUCACUUGGUUCAGACAUAUCAGCAUCAGAGUAUGAGCCACUGCUCUCUAAGUUCCUCAUGAGAACAUGCUCACAAGAAUCUGAUGCUUCACUCAAUGAGUUGCAAGCACUAUCUCCUGACUCGCCUAUACCACAAUUUAUGCAGCCAUUCUUUGAUCCCACAGGACUUCCCAUGGGCUCACGAUCACAGUCACCAGAGUCUGUGGGAUCUGAUCUAGAUUAUGCAUUGUCUGACUUCCUACUCAUGGCUACUGAAGAGAGACCUUCGUCUCCAGAGUCCAUAGCAUCUGUAGAUGGCAACAGAGCGCUCUCUCCAGAUUCACCAAUUCCACAGUUUACGCGGUUACUGCUAGAUAUCAUACCUCCAUCCACAGGGUACAGGUCAUGCACGCCAGUAUCUGAUAUAGAAUCAGAUGUAGAAUAUGCACCAUUGUUUUCUGAACUCCUUGCGUUGGAACAAAGGCCUGAAUCCCCUGAAUCUAUCACAUCAGAGUUUGAGGAUAGACCUCUUUCACCAGAUUCAAUCCCAGAGUACAUACCAAUGUCACCAGAUUCAGCCAUGUUUAUGACUGAUCUCAGAUGCUCUUCACCAGAAUCUGCAGGAUCAAUUAAUGAGUUCAAGUCAUUAUCGCCUGACUCACCCAUACCACAGUAUUCACUGACAAUCAUUGAACCAAUGUAUUUUUAUACAGGACAAAGAUCUGCAUCCCCAGAGUCUGUAGACUCUGAUAUAGAGUAUGCUCUUCCCGAGUUCAUACUAAUGUCUACUGAAGAGAGACCUGCCUCGCCAGAAUCUGCAGGAUCAAUGCAUGAAUACAGACAGCUAUCACCAGAUUCACCAGUACCUGAAUUUGCACCAACAAUAUUUGAGUGCACACACACAGGGUAUAGGUCAUCUUCCCCCGGCUCAAUGUCAUCCUAUUCACUUGGUUCAGACAUAUCAGCAUCAGAGUAUGAGCCACUGCUCUCCAAGUUCCUCAUGAGAACAUGCUCACAAGAAUCUGAUGCUUCACUCAAUGAGUUGCAAGCACUAUCUCCUGACUCGCCUAUACCACAAUUUAUGCAGCCAUUCUUUGGUCCCACAGGACUUCCCAUGGGCUCACGAUCACAGUCACCAGAGUCUGUGGGAUCUGAUCUAGAUUAUGCAUUGUCCGACUUCCUACUCAUGGCUACUGAAGAGAGACCUUCGUCUCCAGAGUCCAUAGCAUCUGUAGAUGGCAACAGAGCGCUCUCUCCAGAUUCACCAAUUCCACAGUUUACGCGGUUACUGCUAGAUAUCAUACCUCCAUCCACAGGGUACAGGUCAUGCACGCCAGUAUCUGAUAUAGAAUCAGAUGUAGAAUAUGCACCAUUGUUUUCUGAACUCUUAGCGUUGGAAUGUAGACCUGAAUCCCCUGAAUCUAUCACAUCAGAGUUUGAGGAUAGACCGCUUUCACCCGAUUCAAUCCCAGAGUACAUACCAAUGUCACCAGAUUCAGCCAUGUUUAUGACUGAUCUCAGAUGCUCUUCACCAGAAUCUGCAGGAUCAAUUAAUGAGUUCAAGUCAUUAUCGCCUGACUCACCCAUACCACAGUAUUCACUGACAAUCAUUGAGCCAAUGUAUUUUUAUACAGGACAAAGAUCGGCAUCCCCAGAGUCUGUAGACUCUGAUAUAGAGUAUGCUCUUCCUGAGUUCAUACUAAUGUCUACUGAAGAGAGACCUGCCUCACCAGAAUCUGCAGGAUCAAUUAAUGAGUUCAAGUCAUUAUCGCCUGACUCACCCAUACCACAGUAUUCACUGACAAUCACUGAGCCAAUGUAUCUUUAUACAGGACAAAGAUCUGCAUCCCCAGAGUCUGUAGACUCUGAUAUAGAGUAUGCUCUUCCUGAGUUCAUACUAAUGUCUACUGAAGAGAGACCUGCCUCGCCAGAAUCUGCAGGAUCAAUGCAUGAAUACAGACAGCUAUCACCAGAUUCACCAGUACCUGAAUUUGCACCAACAAUAUUCGAGUGCACACACACAGGGUAUAGGUCAUCUUCCCCCGGCUCAAUGUCAUCCUAUUCACUUGGUUCAGACAUAUCAGCAUCAGAGUAUGAGCCACUGCUCUCCAAGUUCCUCAUGAGAACAUGCUCACAAGAUUCUGAUGCUUCUCUCAAUGAGUUGCAAGCGCUGUCUCCUGACUCGCCUAUACCACAAUUUAUGCAGCCAUUCUUUGAUCCCACAGGACUUCCCAUGGGCUCACGAUCACAGUCACCAGAGUCUGUGGGAUCUGAUCUAGAUUAUGCAUUGUCCGACUUCCUACUCAUGGCUACUGAAGAGAGACCUUCGUCUCCAGAGUCCAUAGCAUCUGUAGAUGGCAACAGAGCACUCUCUCCAGAUUCACCAAUUCCACAGUUUACGCGGUUACUGCUAGAUAUCAUACCUCCAUCCACAGGGUACAGGUCAUGCACGCCAGUAUCUGAUAUAGAAUCAGAUGUAGAAUAUGCACCAUUGUUUUCUGAACUCAUUGCGUUUGAAUGUAGACCUGAAUCUCCCGAAUCUAUCACAUCAGAGUUUGAGGAUAGACCGCUUUCACCCGAUUCAAUCCCAGAGUACAUACCAAUGUCACCAGAUUCAGCCAUGUUUAUGACUGAUCUCAGAUGCUCUUCACCAGAAUCUGCAGGAUCAAUUAAUGAGUUCAAGUCAUUAUCACCUGACUCACCCAUACCACAGUAUUCACUGACAAUUAUUGAACCAAUGUAUUUUUAUACUGGAGAAAGAUCUGCAUCUCCAGAAUCAGUGACAUCUGAUCUAGACUUUGGGUCAUUGGAUCUAAACGUUUUAGACUAUACCAGUAGACCAUCCUCCCCUGAGUCAACUUUAUCUGUAAGUGAAAAUAGGCCAUUAUCCCCUGAUUCACCUAUUCCUAAAUUCUAUUCACCAUUACCUUAUUAUUCUGUGUCUGUAUAUGGGUAUCGAUCCUUUUCACCAGAAUCAGUCUUUUCUGACACAGAAUAUGAAUCAGCACUCUCUGAUAUUUUUGAUUAUGAAGACAGGCCUGAGUCACCAAUUUCAAUCGAGUCAGAGCCUGAUGAUAGACCGUUGACACCAGAUUCUAUACCAGAUUAUAGGCCCAUCUCCCCAGAUUCAGCAAUGAUGGAUGUUCGCACAGCUUCGCCAGAUUCACUAAAUGAGUUUAAGGCAUUAUCACCGGACUCACCCGUUCCACAGUUUUCUCUGUUAUUCUUCGAAUCCACAACAUUUGCUACAAGUCAUAGGUCAGACACUCCUGAAUCUCUAGUGUCAGACAUAGAUUUUGAGGUUAGUGAUCCUUGUGUUGUUGCAAACGGUCAAAGGCCAUCAUCCCCAGAGUCAACAACAUCCAUAUGUGAAAACAGACCCCUAACACCAGAUUCCCCAAUACCAGGAUUUGGGCAAUCUUUGCCAGACUAUCACACAUCAUUAAAAGGACACCGAUCGUCCUCACCUGAGUCGAUAACUUCUGACAUAGAGGUUGACCAGACAACAGAAUUAACACUCUGUGAAAACAGACCUGAAUCACCUGAUUCGGUGGCAUCAAUAGAUGCACCAAUAUCACAGAUUACAAAUGUGGUGCAUGAUUCAUCAACAUCUGAAGAGAAUAGAUGCAUGGUUCCCAGAGAGACACCAGAGACAUCUCACACACGUACUCCAUCUUCACAUGAAUCUGUUAUCAUUGUACCUGAGUAUAGAUUCACUCACAAGGCCAUUCCAAUUAACCUAAUGUCCCCAGUACUGGACCCCCAGUACAAAGGUGAGACUUACUUGCCCAAACCUGGUGUUUUUGAGGUUGUAGGCAGUAGAAUUGAGAUGGCUCAGUAUGAGCAAACACUUGCUGAAGAUAUCUAUGAGGAACAUUUCUUCUCAACCUCCUUGACCAUCUCUGAAACAUCAGGGUCUUUGACAACAGUGAGUGAGUUAACAUCCCUGUCGCCUGACACAGUUUCAGAAUUUGAGCGCUCAUCGCCUGACUCUAUGUUCAUGGUUGGAAGUAGGCCAUCAUCCUGCGAGUCAGUGAUCUCAGUAGACGAACAUAGACCAUUGUCUCCUGAUUCUCCUAUCCCUGAGCAUGCAGUUGCAUUACCAGAUACCUUAGUCCAGCCAUCAGAGGGUAGAGCCUCUUCUCCAGUGUCUAUAUCUUCAUUAAACGAGAACAGACCGCUCUCUCCUGACUCACCAACCCCUCAGUAUAGACCUCUAUCACCAGUACAUGUCCGCGAAUUUGAAACAAGUUAUAAACGUGAAUUGGGUGCAAAUAGAGCCAUUGUGGUUGAAACCAGACAGCAGUAUAGUUUUCAUGGUGAUUCUUCAUGGCCGUCAUAUUCAGAGUACAGAUCAGUGUCACCCAGUUCUCAGCACUCAGAGUCUGACACCAGAUCUGUGUCACCUCUGACUUCAGCGUUUGUGUUCCGAUGCCCUUCACCUGAGGCUGCAGAUCUUGAUUUGGAACACAGUUCACCCGUGUCCAAGGAUUCAAUAGCAUUUGAGGUAGAAGAGGACCGUCCCUCAUCGCCUGAGUCAUUAGAGCCUUACAAACAACACGAUCAUAAGCAGAGUGUAAUUGUGUAUGCUGCUAAGGACAAGAAGGAAAUGAUCAAGACCACAGUUAUAACUGAAACUCAGUCAUUUGGUCACUUGACAUCUGAGGAAAGUAGAGGACAAUAUGAGGAUGUUUCCCAGUCCCCCGAUAUAUCAGAGGAUAAGCAAAUGGAUAUCAUUCACCAGUCUCCAUUAAUAUAUGAUAGCCCACCAAAGCCAACACAGGUUGAGGAGUUAAUCACAAAGCCUAAAGCAAGUCCGAGGAAAAAAAAGAAGAAGGCUACUCGAAAGGAAGAGGCUCAUACAUGUGAGACUACUGUCCAGGAGUCUGCUGAGUUACAACUCCAAGACAAAAGAAGAGAUGAAGACUCACCUCAAGGAGUAUCUGAGUUUCGAAUCCAAGAACCUCAAGAGGGGGUUGAAACAGCUCAACUCUCGGUAGGGUUAGAGUUGAAUCAGUCUCUUAUAUAUGAAAGUGAUGCAACCAUUUUAGAUCAGAGAGUGUCAGUGUCGUCUGGUCCCAGAGAAGCUCCCCGUGAACUCUCUGAGCUCACUUCCACACAAGAAGCGAAAACAUUCCACCGAUUUGAGUUUUUGAAGGACGAUACAUUCACAUCCCAUAGAGCAGUCACACCCAAUAUACGUGAACCCCCUCUACAAACAUCUGAGUCAACAUACUUCUCACCAAUGUCCAGUCACAGUCUUGUAGCACCUGACUAUCAAGCAAGGGUGUCAGUUUCAGAGCACUAUGCUGAAGAAGCUCAGCCCUCACCAGGUUUUAGGCGUGCCCUCUCUGAAUUUGAGAAAACUCUGGCCUCAUUCAGUCCAGAUGAGGUAGCCCCAAGACACCCCCCAACUAAGGGCCACCUGGUUCACACUGACAGCACGAAAACCGAGGACUCGGAAAGCUCUGAAUUUUUCGACUGCAAACAAUCAUUCUCUGACGCCUCUGAGCCAGAGCCAGAGACUCUGAAGGUUUUGUCUGAGGUACCCUACCACAUCGAGUCACUCCCAGGAACCCCCAGCUUUGACUUCCUGUCCAGCCAACAUUAUUCCAAGACGGGCAGGCGGCCGGUGUCGAUGGGAAGCGAUGACCUUGAAUUCCCCAUUGUUUUAGAACCCGAAGAGGACAAGUAUGAAUACGCUGAAGAGAGGGAACUGGCUUUCGGGUACGAAGGUACGGUAGCUGAGGAGCUUCCCCCGAGGAAAGGAAAUUAUUAUGAUACCGAUGAUGAGGAUUCGCUGGGCAGGGAGAUAGCAUCGGAGCUAGGUUUGCUGUCCGAUAGUUCAGAGGAGGAAAUACUGACCACGAGAGUGGUCCGACGCAGAGUAAUAAUACAGGGUGACGAGAUGCCGGAUAUUCCUCCCCAGUCUGUGACCGAGGAGCAGUACACUGAUGAGCAUGGAAACCUGGUGGUGAAGAAGAUCACGAGGAAGGUGAUUCGUAAGUACACGUCAGCAGAUGGAGUGGAACGAGAGGAAGUGACCAUUGAGGGGUCGCCACAGGAGAACAUCACCAUAGACGACGCUGAUGGCUUCUCCAAAGUGGUGAAGAGGACCGUGGUGCGGAGUGGCGGAGAUCAUAGGGAGGUGAGCGUCACCGAGCCACUGGCAUUGGGCGCGGCCACAGCCUCGGAAUUCGAGGCCGAGCCUGUCCAGGGUCGGAAAGUCAGCCGGGUGGUCAAGACCAUGGUGCUGAAGGGCGAGCGCAUGGAGAAGCAGAUCGGUGACCCCUCGCUGGCAGCGGAUCUCCCCUCGGCCAAAGAGGACUUUGAAAAGGCUUUGAGUUACGCGGGGGGAUUUGGGAAAGUGCUUCUGCCUCAUUUAGUAGAGAAGGAGGUUGUGAAGGAAGAUGGAUCAGUGGUGAAAAGGACCCGGAUGCGUAAGACGUGCACGCAGAAGAGGACUGUGAUGAGGGACGGCAGGAGCAAGCACACUCACCUGGAGCGCCUGGAGGACACACCUGAAGCCCUGCGCCCCGACCACCUUCAGCAACACCUGCGUCUGCUCCUCCAGAGCUACUGCGCCAAGCGAGAGGAAGAAGAGGAGGGCGAGGAGGAGGAGAAGGAGGGUCAGCAGGAAGAGAGGGAGGAAGAGGAGGUGGUGGAGAAGGAGGAGAAGAGGGAGGAAGAGAAGAAAUGAUGGUGUUGCUGCUCUGGUUGUGUCUCUGUGGCUCCUCCUCCUCCUCGUCCCACACCUCCUCUCUGGAUUACCCAUCCUGCCCUCCUUUUCAGCCAGGACCUUUCCCAGAAUGCACUGCUGAUCCUCGUCACCUUGCUCUUCCUCUCUGUGACCCUCAGCGCCUUUGCUCCACCAAUCCUGGAAUGUUUUCAUUCAUUUUUUUGUUUCUUUGAUGACGCAAGUCCCCUCCCACCCUGCCCCCUUGUGGCCACUGAUAGAACUCUUUUUCCCACUGUCUUUAUGCUUUAAUGCAAUUAUAUUUUUUGUUUUGUUUUGUUUUGAUUUGCUCAUUUUGUGACCAAAGAAAGCUUAUCCUGUGUUGUCUGCCGACUUAACCAAGACAAACAUAGUUACCUUUUUGCCGUGCUCUUUUCAUACUUUUGGCUGCUGUGUUUUGACAAACAAAAAGGAGAGAAUAAAUCAAAUGAAGGGAUGAGAAAAGCAACAGGAAGACAAGGGCAGGGGUCAACCGGGAGGCCGAAACUCAUGCACAGUCCUAUUUGCCGUCGGACAUUUGAAACUGAGGAGGAGACAUUGCAAAGGGCAGGGGGGACUCCACUGAAACUCACUGCACUGCUUCCCCUACCUGCUGUACACACACGCAAGCGUGCGCCAGCUAGCGUCCCCCUCUCCCCCCAUGAUGCUCAGCACCCAUGGAUCACACGACUUCAAAACGCGAUACCUCCUCUUCCUCCCCCAUCAGUCGUUAGAGGAACCUGUCGUCACAGUUUCAAAACCUACUCUAACCAGAACCAACAGACUGGGAUGUGUUAGUCUGUGUGUAUGGUUGGCAAGGCCUCUUGUACAGUGUGAGGUGUGGAUUUAGAGGAGCGAUUGGGAAGGCGAUUGAAUGUGUUAGUGUGUGCUGUUUUCAUGACCCGUAAACGAGUACUCUGCCUCACUAUAAGUAUGGGGUGACGUCAUACCACUGCUUGCGAAGUUAGAGUGUGUUGUGUCCUUUUGAAUGUGUCUGCAAUUCAGAAUAUCCUUGUUUUCCCCAUCUGGGUCUGGGUAUCGGAGAGAAAGAGAACGUCUGGUUCCACAGAAUCCAAAGCCUUUCACACCUGGUUUGUACAGUCCCAUCCUGUUCAGCUUGUCCAGUCUGAUUGUCACUUUUUUCUGUGUGUCUGUCAUUUUUUUGUGUGUGUUGUCACAUUCUUCAGAGCAAAGAGAUAUACAGUAUCUGCAUGUCUGUCUCUGUGUGUGUGUGUGUGCGUGUGUGUGUGUGUGUGUGUUUGUUGUGAGUGAGAGUGGGUUUGUGCACACUGUGCUUUUUCACCUCACGGACACUGCAGCCCCCCCCCCUCCCCCGAAUGGAAAUAGCUAUCAUGAAUGUUUAAGCUUUGAUUUGAUUUGAUUUUUUCAAUCAUUUGUGCACUGUAUGUAAGCUCACUACAUCCCCAGAAACCAUCCAAUAUACAAGCUUCUUCAUCACCUCUCCCAACUCUCACACACACACACACACACACACACACACACACCUUAUCUCACAUCUACUAUCUUGAGCUGAUGACUCUGGUUUCAAUGUCCCUGGACAAAACCCUGAUUGUCCUCAUAAGCAUUGGCCAGGCCUCCUCUAACUGUUUGUGGUGGAAGGAGAGUGUGAAUGUGAUUCAGUUGUUUUUGUUUGAAUUUUUUUGUCUUUCAUUGUUGUUGCAAAUGUUGUAAAAUAAAAGCGUGAUACCUCUCA